GCUUUCUGGCGGCUACACGAGUGCCGCGGUUGCCGGUUCCCGUGCGCGUGUGUGUGCGCGGCGUGGUGUGCGCUUUGUAGUUUUUGCUAUGCUUGCGUGAGGCGGCAAAAGCCAGCAAGGAACUAAACACGCGGAGAGGUCUAUUUCUUUCUUCUGAGUGCUUAGUUCGGAAGUAACGUCAAAAUGUUUUGGGGCGUCACUCUUGAAAGCGGGAAGCGCUAUUCCCAGGUGGUCGAUAUGUCGUACCACCUUUCCAUGGCUGCGCUGGAGCCGAAAUCAGGAGGAGAGCCCGUCAUGGUUAUGCUCGAACAUGCCAAGGCAGAGUUUCUGCUGUGUACACUGGACCAAGCACAUGCACGCCAGGUGGCACUGGACCUCAACUUUGUUGAAGGAGAGGAGGUGACCUUUUUUCUCAAUGGCAGAGGAACUGUGCAUUUGACAGGGUACCUGACCGACGGCCUACAAGAUGAUGAUGUCUCUUCUGAUGACGAGGAGGAGGAAGAGGCCUCUUUACCAGAUGAGGAGGAGGAAGAAGAGGAAGACAAUCAGCCAACCAUGGCUCGGAGAAGGCCAUCUAAGCGCAGCAAGAAGCUCAAACAAUCACUCCUACAAGCAGUUAAUGGUGAGAGUGAAGACGACGACUCUGACUUUGAUGUCAGCAAGGUGGAGGAUGGGACAGAGGAUGAUGAUGAUGAUGAAGAAGAAGAUGAUGAUGAUGAAGAAGAAGACGAAGUUUCAGAUGAAGAGCCUAAGCCAGCACCAGCCUUGCCACACAAGCGCCCUGCCCAGAAGCGGGUUCCUGGCAAGCCGAUGAGCAACACCUCUCCAUUAAAAGAGCAAGGUACAACAUCAGCGCCCUCAACAGAUCCUCAAGAUGGAGUGCCGAAAAAGAAGCGCAAGAAAAUUAAGAAGCAGCGCACUGAUGGUGCUACUGCGGGUUCUGAGGGUCCCAAGAUCCAGCAGUCACCGCUGGGAGGAGGAGCAGGUGAAGACGGCAGAACACUCCCAGGAGGUGUCAUCAGCACUGACCUGCGUGUUGGGAGUGGUCCUGUAGCGAAACCUGGAAAAAAUGUACACGUGUACUAUACGGGUCGCUUGGCAAACAGCCACGUAUUUGACUCAUGCCGUACCGGUAAAGCCUUUUCCUUCCGCCUAGGCAAGCAUGAGGUCAUCAAGGGCUGGGAAACUGGUAUUCAAGGCAUGAAAGUAGGUGGAAGGCGCCGUCUGGUUAUUCCAGCCAGUCAAGCAUAUGGCAGCACCCGUAUGGGGGUCAUUCCACCUAACAGCACCCUGUACUUUGAUGUGGAGCUCAAGGCCGUCUCCUGAAGUGUUUCUCAUUUUAAGUGGCCACAAUCUUUUGCCCAUUGCUCAUUUCCUCCAUUGAAUAAAAGCUGAAGACUGGUGA